AUUUCUCCUCACUUCGUGUCGAAGUUGGCGAUUUAGUCAGUCUUUUUUACUUUGACUUUCGUUUUCUUGUCUUCAAAUCGAGUCUUUGCCUACCUACCUACCUACCAUGGCCGAAGUCAUAGGCAUCGUAUCCAGCGGGAUCGCAAUCGCGCAGCUCGCCGGUUCAGUCGGAGCAGUUGCCAUAAAACUCAAUGGGCUCUGGCAAGAGAUCAAAGACGUCCCCGAAACGAUCCAAUACAUCAUGAAUCACCUGAGCAUCUUGGGCACUAUCGUCAACGAGAUGGAGACGAUAGGAAACAGCAAUUCACUACACUAUAGUGCCGCUGGUCAGCCGCACCGCCCAUCCCCGAGCCCGCUGGCUAUUCAGCAAUGCCAGAUGGCAUGCAAGGACCUGGAGAAUAUUGUUCGGGAUCUGUCUGUGGACAUCGAAUCGUCCAGGAAGCGAAAGCGUCUGAUGGGGAAGGUGGCAGUAGUGUUGAAGAAGGACACUCUUGCCAAGUAUGAGAUGCGAUUGCAGAAUGCUUUUCAACUCUUGUCUUUGGCUCACCAGGUGUACACAACGUGGGUGAAACCAGGUUUUUUUUUUCCCUCUUUCUCAUUUUUACCCGGAGAAAAUAAGGUGUUUGUUCUUGGCUCUAAUUAGAUCAACGGUGUAGGUCCUUGAUAAUGCGACAGCCAGAGUUCAUCAUGGUUUCGGUUACGAAAGCUCUUGCUUUGACGUCCAGUAGUACAACAUUGGUAAAUGCAAAUACACACACUCUCGAGAUCGAAGAAGGAAAGCCCCCUGAGCACUAUCAGCAAGUAGUUCGGAAAAGCAAAAAAUUGCCGAGCGACUACGACACUGGAGUUAAGCGUGCAAGAUACCGCACCAACUAUGAGAGGAAUCUUCUCGGUCUUCUGAGGUACAAUUACUCGGAGUGGGAAGACCAGGUUAUUUCUGAGUCCACUGCUCAAGGUAGGUCACCAACAACGAUA